AUGAAGGACCUCGUCCGCGACACCGUCUCCGGACAUUUCUUGCGCCUCAUAAGCAAAGGAAAGAUCAUGACGUUUGAAGAAGAGCGAGAUCCAUCUUUGUGGAAACAAUACAUCGAUACCGAGAAGAGCGGACGGAUGGCGCAUCAUGGCCAUACAGGCGAAGAGGAGAAGGAGAACAAGGACACAGCUGGAGACAAUUCGGAAAGCCCUGAGCGGGGAAUAUGGCAGAAGGACGAAGAGACUGGAGAUCGGAAUGGAGCAGGUCAAGAGCAAGCAGUAAUGGGACAAAAUGGCCGUCCGAGAAACAGUUCGGAAACAAGACUGGGAAGUAUGGAUAAUGGACAGCAGAGAAACGAAGUCAGUGGUGUCCUGGUUGAUCCCGAGAAAGGGAGAGACGUCUCAGUUAUCACAUGGUAUGGAGAACACGAUCCAGAGAACCCCCUCAACUGGUCCACCCCCAAGAAAUUCUUCGUCACAGGCAUGAUCUGCCUCCUCACCUUCUCCGUCUACAUCGGCUCCGCCAUCUACUCGGCCGGCACGCAAGAAAUCACCCAAGUCUUCGGCGUCAGCACCGUCGCCGCAACCCUUGGCUUGACCCUCUUCGUCGCUGGGUACGGUCUCGGCCCCAUGAUCUGGGCCCCCAUGUCUGAGAUCCCUCAAAUCGGUCGGAACCCAAUCUACAUCGGCACGUUAGUCGUCUUCGUGUUCUUCCAAUUUGGCGUCAUCUAUGCCAAGAACUUCGGGAUGCUGCUGGCUUUCCGGUUCCUGACUGGGUUCUUUGGUUCGCCUGUCCUAGCCACGGGCGGUGCGUCCCUGGCGGAUAUGUAUCGACCCCAGAAGCGAGCAUAUGCCAUUGCUGUCUGGGGACUCGCCGCGAUUUGCGGACCAGUUCUGGGACCACUAGUUGGAGGGUUCGCAGCCCAGCAUAAAGGGUGGCAGUGGCCUAUCUGGGAACUCCUCUGGCUCUCAGGAUUCGCACUCAUCGUAUUGAUCAUCUGUCUACCAGAGACGAGUUCCGCGAAUAUUCUGUAUAGACGCAGUCGUCGUCUUCGCAAGCUCACAGGCCGAUCGGAUCUGAAAUGCGAGCCAGAGAUUGCAGGCGAGCAAAUGACAGUCAACGAUAUUGUGAUGAUGACGCUCAUUCGACCAUUCUCACUGACAUUCACUGAACCAAUUCUCUUCCUGCUCAACCUCUACAUCGCACUCAUCUACGGACUUCUCUACAUCUGGUUCGAGUCAUUCGUCAUCGUCUUCACAGGAAUAUACGGCUUCAACCUCGGACUCGAAGGUCUUUCCUUCGUCGGUAUCCUCGUCGGUGGAUUUGUAGUCGUCGGCCCUUUCUUCGCAUACCUGUACUACAUCCAAGAACCUCAAUUCAACGAAAACGGCGAACUCAAGCCCGAGAAGCGACUCCCACCCGCCUUCGUAGGCGCUUUCUGCAUCCCAAUCUGUAUGUUCAUGUUCGGAUGGACGGCGAGGCAGUCCGUACACUGGAUUGUUCCCAUCAUCGGCUCGUCAUUCUUCACCAUCGGCGCUUUCUUACUCUUCAACUCAGUGCUCAACUAUCUAGGCGACGCAUACCCUGAGUAUGCUGCGUCCGUAUUGGCAGGCAAUGAUUUCUUCCGGUCGAGUUUUGGAGCAGGAUUCCCAUUAUUUGCUGGGGCAAUGUAUAAGAAGUUGGGUGUUGCGUGGGCGAGUUCCCUCUUGGGGUUUUUGUCGAUUGCGUUUAUUCCGAUUCCGUUUGUGUUGUACUUUUAUGGGGAGAGGAUUAGAAAGGCGAGCAAGAGGGCGAGACAUGAUUUGUAG